GCUUCUCCAGAUAUUGCAGGAUUUUUUAGGAAGCAGGAGGGAUACAAAGGCAAUAGAAUGCCUAAGUAAGUCUCUGCAUGGAAACACAGUGCAAUUCCUUAUCCUGUGCCAGCAAAGUGGUUCCUCCGGCUGCAAGGACACAAUGAAAGCCCACAACAGAUAAGGAACAUCAAGAGGGAAAUUAAGAGUCUAAUUGGUGUCUUAGGAGCCAACUGAGCAAAAUGACCUUUGGGUACUGGCAGCAGCAGUGUCUGAGAAAGCACCGAUGGUAUCAGCCCUCAGCCAGGAUCCUUCCAGGUCCCAUCCACCAACCCCAGGAAUUUGCUGGGCUGGAUGGAAGAGGCUGCCUGAGAUUUAUGCAGAUGAAUCACCCACACAAACCUGAAGCCCCACCUCACACUGGGACUGAAAUUAAAACAGCCAGGAGAUUAUUUGCAGCCUGUUUUGGGAGCUCUGCUGACACAAGGAGCUCUCAGAGCAGCGGGAGGGAGAACAGCCUGAUCCAGGUGGGCUCCCAGCACGUGCUCCCGAGUGCCUGAGCGUGGGCUGAGGCUCUGCCACUCCACACACCUACUUCCUGCAAUCCUGGCAAUUACCAAUGGAGUGAAACCCAGUUCCUGACGUGGCUGACUCAGCAAGGGCUUGGCUCAAAACAAACACAUCCACGCAGGGAGCCGCAGCCCGGGAAGUAGUGACGGGUGGCACAUGAAGGGACGGCAGCAGCAGCGCUGGGAGUUUUGGCAUUCUGGGUUCAACCUGGCUGAAUUCCUGGACUCCUGGCUGAGCUCUCCCUGGACUUGCUUCUUCAUCCUGGUCUCCAAGUGCUCCAGCAGCUUCUCCUCUCCGCUCCUGGAUUCCGGGCUGCUCCAACAGUGUCCUGGAGACGCAGCACACGUUUAACAAGCUCGCUCACACACCGCCGCUCCUCUCCACUCCAGGGGGAGACUCCUAGAGAUCCAAGACAAGCCAAGUGCUCCUUGCCACGGCGUGAAGUUUGCAUUUCCUGCACUACCAGCCUCUGUGUGUUCUGUGCAGCUCCAGGAGUGGGGCAGGAAGAGGUUGAUCCUGUUGCGUGGCUCUCUGCUGAUCCCUCGGCUCCCGCCUGUGAGGAGUCAGCACUCCUGCUCCUCGCCGCCUCUCCUCACCAUGGAUACUUGGCGCAGGGGGUCUAUCAAGUCCACCACCUUCUUCCGACGCUUCUCCCUCAGGAGGCACAAAAAGCUGGGCAACCAAGUCAUCAUCCUGAACCAGAACAGCCACACUCUGGACACGGAUGGCCAGAAAAGGGAAUGCUUGAGGGAUCUGAAGGACAAGUCUGAGUACCUGUCCUGUCAGAGCGAGCAGAACCUGGCCAAGGCACAAGCCCCUCCCAAGCCUCCCCGGCUGUACCUGGACAGUUCCAGCUGCCCCAACAUCAUCGAUCACACAGAUUCCCACUCCGACCUCUCCUUUUCCGAUGCUGCUCCGUGCCACAAAGCCACUCCGACGCACAAGGACCAGGCUACGGACCACGGCACCUCAGAGGCAGGUCUCCCAAACAGCACCACUCUUCCCGACCUGGCUGACCCCUUCCUGUCCUUCAAAGUGGAUUUGGGGCUAUCGCUCCUCGAGGAUGUGCUGCAGACCCUCAGGAAACAGAACCCGAGGGAUUACGCCAUUUGAAGGUACUCAUUGUCCAUCACAUCCCAGUUACUGCUGCUGCCAGUUCCUCCGAUUCCAGCAGGAGGAAGGAUACUGGAGCAUGCCUGUUGUGUGUGGCCUGUUUCAUUGUUCUCGCCUCGCCCACCACUGACCAUCCCUGUCCUUGCCAAGGAAUCCUCUGGAGCAGAGCUCACGGGCCCUGUGCUCAGGUGAGAGCACUGUCUGCUGUCUCGUGGGCAACUUUCCACUCUCCACCCUGGGAAUUUCCCACUCCAGACUGUGCGUCCCAUCCUCAGGGAAGACUGGCAUUUUUUGGGAAGGACUUAUUUUGGGGAUGUGACACUGUGGGACAGGGACACACAAGGAUUUGUCAUGGAUCACUUGUGGAACAGCAGGCAGCCUGCAAGGAGGCAGCAGCACUGCACCCCAAAGCCAAGGCUUUGAGGGCUGAGAGACGGGAACUGGGGCUUCUCCUCCCACCACGUUUGGAUGUGAAAGCUCAAAGCUGUUCCUCCGUUUUUUCUCUUCCUCCUUGUGGGUUUCUUUUCCCUUAACUCCAGUGCAGACGGCACUCCCAGCCUGGAAACAGGUAAGCAUCCAAGUAGGCUCCUGAUACAGCACCAGCAGUGGAUUUAUCCUCCUGGCAGGAGAAGAGAUGUCUCUGACACUGCUGCCUUACGCAUGCACUGAGCUCCCAGCUGUACAGACAUAGAAGAAUAAAUGUAUCUGUGACUGGAA